AAAAUGAAAGACAAACUGGAAAACCAAAAUGCAAAGGCAGCAGCAACCAACCAUUUCGAUUUCUUUCGUUUCCUUUGUGAAGCUGGCCAUCCUCAGCCAAGGAAAGGGUUUCCCCGUCUCUGCCUAGUCUUCCGCUGUCGUUGUUUUUCUCGUCACAGGAAUAGAUUUAGUCGUGCUGCUGCUGGUUGUUCGCAAACGACACGUCAAGCAGUUGAAAAAAAAUGCAGUCGGCUGAUCCGACACUAUCACUGCUCUGCACUGUCGAGGGACUGCACCGCAGCGACGUAAACGCCUGCUGCUUUGCUCCGGACGGAAAGCGCUUCGCCACGGGCUCGUCGGAUCGCACUGCCGUGCUGGUGGCGUGCGAUACAUCGGGUGCAGCCCAACUGCAGGCCUCCGCAACUCCCAAGCCAGACAGCAGCACGUCGGGACACAUUCGCCAGCUGAUCGGGCACAAGUACCACGUGAACGCCUGUACGUUCUCGCCGUGCGGAACGCUGCUGGGAACCGGCUCAACGGACUGUAGUAUUCGCGUCUGGAAUGUCGGCACCGGAGAAUGUGUUGCCACCAUGUCAGGUCACCAUCGCGGAGCAGUGAGAGCGGUUGCAUUCUCGGCUGACGGCACUCACAUCCUGUCGUCGGCCUCCGAUGACACUCUCUCCGUGUUCAACAUUGCCACUUCCAUUGAAGUUAAAACAUGGAAGACGUCCACGGAAGGCCAGUUGCAGUGUUGUGCAUGGACCUCUCACGGCUGGCAGGUCGUCAUCGGCAGUAGCAGCGGCCACUUGAUGCUCUGGGAUGCAUUUGACUGCCGCCUCGUGUCGCAAGUGGCCAAUGCUCACGACUUGGGCGUAUGUUGCCUCACACAGUUUGUCUCCGAUGCAGAAUACGUGGUUAGCGGUGGUACGGACAGCAAGAUCACCCUGUGGCAGCUCAAAGCGCAAUCAGGCACCACACAGCUACAACGCAGACAGGUGUUCAGCGGGCACGCAUCGUCCGUCUACUCUGUGGCCGUGUCUCCUGACAAGCGAUUUCUCAUAUCGGGAUCAGCUGAUAAGACCAUCCGUCUGUGGAAAUUUGAAACUGGCAAGGACAUAUCUCAGGCGUCCGGUCAUCUAGGGUUCAUCAGCUCCUGUCGUUUCUCACCUUGCGGACGGUUUGCAAUCUCCACCGGUGGUGACCGUGUCAUUAGACUGUGGAAACUGCAGCAAAGUGAUGGAUCUUUGGCUGCAUCAGCACUGGGACCAGUUGAGUCAGCCAAUGUGCCAUCAUCAUCUCCCGAGUCCUGGGGUGUGGAUGACGUUGGUCAAUGGCUGAAAUCGCUCAGUCUCAGCCAACACAGUGCAGUGUUCAAGCAAGAGAAGGCUGAUGGUGCUGUACUCCACUCUUUGCAUGUACAGGAUCUCUGCAAGAGGUUCAAAAUCGACAAGCCCAGCGAGCGUCACACGAUUCUGUGCUCGCUCAGUGAGCUGUUCCCCGCAAAUCGAUCCGUGCCGAACGAGUUUCUGUGCCCCAUUUCCAUGGAGAUUAUGCGUGAUCCGGUCGUGGCGUCGGAUGGUUUCUCUUACGAGCGGUCAGCCAUCGUGUCGUGGAUCACGUCUGGCCGACACACCAGUCCGCUCACCAACCUUCCGAUGACGUCGUCGCUAGUCUUCGCCAACAACAACUUGCUGGCAGUGAUCCGCGCGCACCUGGAGCAAUGGCAGAAGGACGGCAGUGCUCCUCCUGCGUCCGCGCCACCAUCGUCGUAGGCGCGAGGACGAUGACGGUUCACAGCCAGGUAUGCCGGUCACCGAGAAAAUGAUGGAAUGGCGUGACAGUGUUGCUGCGGCAACCCGAAUGUGUUAAUGAUGAUGAUGGUGGUGAGAGUAACGCCUCUUUUACGGGCCAUCAAAACACAAUUAGCCAUGUGAUGAUGAUAAUGAUGGUGAUACCGUUAACUGCGGCAGACUUGCCAGGCAUCAUCACCCCUGGCCUCGAAUCAGUGUCAGUUCGCAUUCCCUGUUGCGUGGUAAGCGUUACACAGGAACGUCCUAGCCAUGAUGUAGCACCAUUAGAAAGCCCUACCGGCACUUGUACUUGCUGAUAUGCUUUCCGGCCUUCCCUCUGAGAUCCUGAGUCUGUGUUCCGAUAGGUUCAGAAAGGUCUACAACAUCGUGCACGAGCCACAUCGUUUCUAUUUUUUUAUUUUUUAGCCUCUGAAUAGGUAGUAUUCUCCUUGGAGGUGCAUGUAUAGUUAUGGAUUCUUGACAUUCGCUUUCCCUUCGCCUACAUGUAUAAUUAUGGACUCUUGACAUUCGCUUUCCCUUCGCCUACUGGCUAUCCGGACACAACUUACCCGCCACCUCACAAUCGUGUUUGCCGGCCGAUAUCGAUUCGAGCUCUCAAUCAUCCGUUUGUCAAUUCAUCUUUUGGUUAGUCUUUUGAAGGCACCUGUAAUAACCUAUGCACUCUAUGAUACAAUAGUGGAUCACGGCUA